CCAUACACUCGGUGGCUUGGGUUCUGGUUAGACCCGCGCCUCACCUUCCGUCACCAUGUGCGUGUUAUGACGACGCGUGCUAUUUCCCGGGUCCAAGCAUUCCGUAUGCUGGCCAACACCAUUCGCGGCAUGUCUGUCAAGGCUGCUCGCACCAUUUAUCUUUCCAACAUUCUGUCCGUGCUCACCUUCGGA